GAAUAACCGGUGGUAAGAGCAAGUGAACGGAAAGAAUCAUUUGGAAUCGUACCUUUUAUGGACCCGGGACGAAAGGAACGGUUCGCUAAAAUGAACGAAAUAUCUCAUCGUCGACAAUAAAAUUGAUAUUGUUGACGUUGUUGAGCGUAUCCGUUAUCGUUGUUAUCACGCGAGACAGCGGUCGUUAUUGUUGAUAUCGAAAAGCGGACAAAACAAGUUUAAUCGACUAACAAGACAACAACGGACGGCGUCGUUAACCGCUAAUCACGCGAUCGGUGUACUUAACGAGGUCUCUACACACGGAAACGGUCAGAAGUCGUCUCGUUCACGUUUUUCCGGAUUUCUACUGAAUUCGGUCACGUUCGCCAUACCGAGUAUUAUCAACAAAUCUUUCGCCGGUUCGACGACGGUCCGCGUUCAACGCUUUCGUCUUCAUCACGUUCAGUUCGUUUCGCGGUCCUGUUACGUUUGUGCGGACGAUUGGCUUGCGUUGCUUCCUUCCGCCGCUGGGAAUCGAAAAACUCUGUUGUUAUCGAGUUGAAAUUCGCAUGUCCAUAACGCGCUCCGUCCCCUUCGGUUUCUCUCUCUCGUCCGUGACGCCCCGAAGACCGCUUAUCGUCCGCACCGGACACGGCUAUCUACCGUGCUGGGUCACGUUAUCAUCUAACACUCGAUCGACCCGACGAACGACGUCGGUGUAGCCAUGGCGUUCAAUUUCACUGCAUGCACGUACAUCGUCGCUAUGAUAACCGAUGCCUUUUUGCUGUUCUUCUCGGUGUUCCAUGUUAUUGCUUUUGAUGAACUGAAGAAUGAUUGUAAGAAUCCCAUUGAUCAAUGUAACAGCUUAAAUCCACUAGUGAUUCCAGAAUAUAUGUUACAUUUCUUUUCCAAUCUAUUAUUCUUGAUUGGAGGUCAAUGGCUAUCCCUUGCUAUCAAUGUCCCAUUAAUGGCUUAUCAUAUAACAAAGUAUCGAAAUCGACCUGCAAUGUCUGGCUUUGGUCUUUAUGAUCCGACAAGUAUAAUGAAUGCUGAUAAAUUAAAUAAAUAUCAACGUGAAGGUUGGAUAAAAUUGGCAUUUUACUUAUUCUCAUUUUUCUAUUACUUAUAUGGUAUGAUACGAGCAUUAAUUGGUGAUCAUUAAAUAAAUCAAAAACCAUCUGAACUAAAUCAUGGAUACUUAUAGCCAACUCUAAUUUAUAUACAUAAGUUUAUAUUAAUUAUGGCUGUUUCAAUUAAUAUUUUAAUA